AUGUCCGGCGAGCCAGAGGGAGGCCCUGAGCCUACCCGCACGCUACACUCGUCGUCUACGAGCACAAACACCUUCACCAACAAGACGACCGACGGUGUCCAGCAUGCCCUCGACUCCAAGGGUGCCGACGCCGGCGACAACAUCGACACCUCCUCCGAGGCCAGCGAUGAUGACGACCGUGCCGAGAUGAACCGCAGGCACUCCAUCGUCCAGCAGCUCGCCACCCAGAUGUCCCGUCAGCAGACCGGCGACGUCGACCUCUCCGGCCUCUUCUCCGACGCCGACACCAGUCUCAACCCUUCCAGCCCCAAGUUCAACGCCCGCGCCUGGGCCAAGGCUCUCGCCAAGAUGACCCGCGAGGGUGGAGGUGGCUUCCGCCGCAGCGGCUUCUGCUUCGAGGACCUCAACGUCUUCGGCUACGGUGCCGAGUCCGACUUCCAGAAGGACGUCGGCAACGUCUGGCUGUCCAUCCCGUCCCUGCUGCGCACCGCCAUCGGCGGCAACGGCAACAGCGGCCAGCGCCGCAUCGACAUCCUCCGCGACUUCGACGGUCUCGUCCGCCCGGGCGAGAUGCUCGUCGCCCUCGGCCCCCCCGGUGCCGGCUGCACCACCUUCCUCAAGACGCUGUCCGGUGAGACCAACGGCAUCUACGUCGACGAAAAGUCGUACCUCAACUACGAGGGCAUCACCCCCCAGGAGAUGCACACCCACCACCGCGGCGAGGCCAUCUACACCGCCGAGGUCGACGUCCACUUCCCCAUGCUCUCCGUCGGCGACACCCUCACCUUCGCCUCCCGCGCCAGGUGCCCUCGCAACAUCCCGGCCGGCCUCACCCGCAACCAGUUCUGCGACCACCUCCGCGACGUCGUCAUGGCCAUGUACGGCAUCAGCCACACCGUCAACACCCGCGUCGGUAACGAGUACAUCCGCGGUGUCUCCGGUGGUGAGAGGAAGCGUGUCACCAUCUCCGAGGCCACCCUCUCCAGCGCGCCCCUCCAGUUCUGGGACAACUCCACUCGUGGUCUCGACUCCGCCAACGCCGUCGAGUUCUGCAAGACGCUGCGCCUCCAGUCCGACCUGUUCGAGCAGACCUGCGGAGUCUCCAUCUACCAGUCCCCCCAGAGCGCCUACGACCUGUUCGACAAGGUCACCGUCAUCUACGAGGGCAGGCAGAUCUACUUCGGACGUGCCACCGACGCCAAGGACUACUUCAUCGGCCUCGGCUUCGAGUGCCCCUCCCGCCAGACCACUCCCGACUUCCUCACCUCCAUGACCGCCCCUACCGAGCGCGUCAUCCGCCCGGGCUGGGAGAGCCGCGUGCCCCGCACCCCUGAUGAGUUUGCCGCCUGCUGGAAGGCCAGCACCGAGUACCAGAACCUCAAGGCCGAGAUCGCCGCCUACAAGGCCGAGUUCUCCGGCGACGGCGUCAAGGCUGCCGAGGAGUUCCGCGCCCACAAGAGGGCUGCCCAGGCCAAGUCUCAGCGUCUCAAGUCCCCCUUCACGCUCUCCUUCGCCCAGCAGUGUCAGCUCUGUCUCUGGCGUGGCUGGAAGCGUCUGUUCGGCGAUCCCGGCGUCACCCUGUUUGCCCUCAUCGCCAACAGCUCCACCGCCCUCAUCAUCUCGUCCCUCUUCUAUGAUCUCCAGCCCUCCACCUCGGCCUUCUACAACCGGUCCGCCGUCAUCUUCGUCGCCAUCCUCGCCAACGCCUUCUCCAGCGCCCUCGAAAUCCUGACGCAGUACGCCCAGAGGCCGAUUGUCGAGAAGCAAACCCGCUACGGCUUCUACCACUCGUCUGCCGAGGCCUUCUCCUCCAUCAUCGUUGAUAUGCCCUACAAGAUCACGAACGCCCUGUUCUACAAUCUGACGCUCUACUUCAUGACCCAUCUCAGGCGUGAGCCCGGCGCGUUCUUCUUCUUCCUCCUGGUCUCCUUCCUCAUGACGCUGUCCAUGUCCGGCCUCUUCCGCUCCAUCGCCGCUCUGUCCCGCAGUCUCUCGCAGGCCAUGGUCCCCGCCGCCUUCCUCAUCCUCGCCCUGGUCAUUUUCACCGGCUUUGUCAUUCCGGUCGACUACAUGCUUGGCUGGUGCCGCUGGAUCAACUACCUCGACCCCGUCGCCUACGGGUUCGAGGCCUUGAUGAUCAAUGAGUUCCACGGCCGCACCUUCGAGUGCGACGCCUUCGUCCCCAGCCCCCUCUUCCCCGGCUACGAGGACACGGACAUUGCGAACAUGGCCUGCACCGCCGUCGGCUCUCUUCCCGGCUCCACCACCGUCUCUGGCACGAGGUAUAUCGAGGUCCUCUACAAGUACACCAGGUCGCACAAGUGGCGCAACGUGGGAAUCCUCAUCGCCUUUGCCAUUGCCCUCCACGUCCUCUACCUGGCCGCUACUGAGCUGAUCUCGGCCAAGAAGUCCAAGGGCGAGAUCCUCGUCUUCCGUCGUGGUCACCUUCCUCCCAUCGUCAAGGGAAAGGCCGAUGCCGAGGCUUCCAACUCCGGUCCGGUCCCGCUCACCGAGAAGGGAACCGUGGACAACGAUGCCGCCAACAUUCAGGGUUCCACCAGCGUCUUCCACUGGAACAACGUCUGCUACGACAUCACCAUCAAGGGCGAGCCGAGGCGUAUCCUCGACCACGUUGACGGUUGGGUCAAGCCGGGAACCUUGACGGCGCUCAUGGGUGUGUCCGGUGCUGGAAAGACUACUCUUCUCGACUGCUUGGCUGAUCGUGUCAGCAUGGGUGUCAUCACUGGCGAGAUGCUGGUCGAUGGCAAGAUCCGCGACGACUCCUUCCAACGCAAGACCGGCUACGUCCAGCAGCAGGACCUCCACCUGGAAACCAGCACCGUCCGCGAAGCCCUCUCCUUCAGCGCUCUCCUCCGUCAGCCCGCUUCGACUCCCAAGGCUGAGAAGCUCGCCUACGUGGACGAGGUCAUCAGGCUUCUUGACAUGCAGGAUUACGCCGACGCCGUCGUCGGCGUCCUCGGCGAGGGACUCAACGUUGAGCAGCGCAAGCGUCUUACCAUCGGUGUGGAGCUGGCGGCUAAGCCCCCCCUUCUUCUGUUCGUUGACGAGCCUACCUCUGGUCUCGACUCGCAAACCUCGUGGGCCAUCCUCGACCUCCUCGAGAAGCUCUCCAAGGCCGGCCAGUCUAUCCUCUGCACCAUCCACCAACCGUCUGCCAUGCUCUUCCAGCGUUUCGACCGCCUCCUGUUCCUCGCCAAGGGUGGACGCACCGUCUACUUCGGCGACAUCGGAGAGCACUCCAAGACCCUCACCUCGUACUUCCAAGGUCACGGAGCCCGGCCCUGCAACGACGGCGAGAACCCGGCCGAGUGGAUGCUCGAGGCCAUCGGCGCCGCCCCCGGAUCAUCUACUGAUGUGGAUUGGCACCAGGCCUGGCGCGACAGCCCCGAAUACGCCGCCGUCCAGACCGAGCUUCAGCGUCUCAAGUCCGAAGGCGAAGCCAGGGGUGCGCUCUCGGGCGAGGAGAAGUCUGAGUCGUUCCGCGAGUUCGCCGCGCCCUUCUGGUCCCAGAUGAACAUCGUCACCCGCCGCGUGUUUGAGCAGUACUGGCGCACGCCCAGCUACAUCUACUCCAAGUUCAUCCUCUGCACUGGUGUCGCUCUCUUCAUCGGUCUCGUCUUCCUCGACGCCCCGCUCAGUAUCCAGGGCCUGCAGAACCAGAUGUUUGCCAUCUUCAACAUUCUCACCGUCUUCGGUCAGCUCGUGCAGCAGCAGAUGCCCCACUUCGUCACCCAGCGGUCGCUCUACGAGGUCCGCGAGAGGCCGUCCAAGACGUACAGCUGGAAGGUCUUCAUGCUCUCGCAGGUCCUGGUCGAGAUCCCCUGGAAUUCGCUCAUGUCCAUCUUCAUGUUCAUCUGCGUCUACUACCCCGUCGGUCUCAACAACAAUGCCUCGCAGGCCGGUCAGUCCGCGGAUCGUGGCGCGCUCAUGUGGCUUCUCCUCUGGCAGUUCCUCGUCUUCACCUGCACCUUUGCUCACGCCUGCAUCGCCAUCACCGAGUCGGCCGAGGCAGGUGGUAACCUGGCCAACGUCAUGUUCAUGAUGUGCCUCCUCUUCUGCGGUGUCCUCGCCUCCCCCGAUCAGAUGCCCGGUUUCUGGAUCUUCAUGUACCGCGUGUCGCCCUUCACCUACCUCCUCUCGUCCAUCCUGUCGACUGGUCUGGCCAACGUGGAUGUCACCUGCGAGAGCAAUGAGCUCGUCACGGUCAACCCCCCGGCGAACAUGACCUGCGACGAAUUCCUGACCGACCCCGGCUUCGUCGCGGGCGCCGGCGGAUAUCUGGAGAACGGCAGCGCCACCACGGCCUGCCAGUACUGCCCCCUGGCUAAGACGAACACGUUCCUGGCCGGCAUCAGCGCCAACUUUGACAACAGGUGGCGCGACUUCGGCAUCGGCAUGGUCUACAUCAUCUUCAACAUCGCCGCAUCGCUCGUCUUGUACUGGCUUGUCCGUAUGCCCAAGGGCAAGCGCAAGGCAUAA